ACGUUUGACUGGGUGGUUUUACAGAGAGCAGAGGCAUUUGAGUCAGGGCACACAUGCUCGAGCUGUGAGAGGCCCCACUCCCCUUGGCUGGCUGGCAUCCCAGAGUAAAGGCACACAGAGAGAGCGAGACAGAAGAGAGAAGUGAAGUCGAAGGCAGACUUGGAAGAGGUGAACAAGUGGCUUAGAACGUCGCAGUGGGGUGGUAGCUAUGGCAGAAACAGGGGUCAAGAAGGAGCAUGCAGAAGUGUCUUAUGAUGAUGACGAGGUAGCCCUGGUUGGUGCUGCCGCAGAGCCGGCGGUGGACGACGACGACCCCGCCGAAGAGGGGGACCUUGCUUCUGGCUCUGGAGGCAAGAGCGAAGCUCAGAUGAACGGGGUCAUGGUUCUGUCCCUGCUGGACAAGAUAAUCGGGGUGGUGGACAAAAUCCAGCACACCCAGAAUGGACUCGAGGCUCGGCAAGAGGCCAUGGAGAAGUCAGUGUCAACCAUCCAAGGGGAGCUGGCAAAGCUGUCCAAGAACCACAUCGACACGUCCAACACGGUCAACAAAAUGCUGGACAAGGUGCGCAAGGUCAGCGUGAACGUCAAAUCGGUACGAAGCAACCUGGAGAAGCAGGCGGGCCAGAUCAAGAAGCUGGAGAGCAACGAGAGCGAGCUGCUCAAGAGGCGCAACUUCAAAGUCCUCAUCUACCAGGACCAAGUGAAAACACCAAAGCAAUCCAAAUCCAAGAUAGCAGAGACAGCUGAAGGUAAAGCAACAGACGGUCUGGAGCAGAUAGCUGAAGAAGGACAAGAGGAUGUCAGAGAAAAUCCCAACUCAGAUGAAGAAGUUGUUGUUGAUGAAAUAAUAGUGGAGUCUCGUACAAAGCGCUUCCAACAUGCCACCAAGCAGCAAGUGGACAACAUCAAGAAAGCGUUCUCCAAAGAGAAAAUGGAGAAGACCAAAAUAAAGACCAAGGAAAACUUGGAAAAGACCAAGCAGAGGACCCGGGAGAACCUGGAAAAGACAAGGCAGCGAACCCGUGACAACCUGGAGAAAACAAAGCACAGCUUGGAGAAGAAAAUGGGCAAACUCGGAACCCGCAUGACCCCCAACAUGGAGCGCAGAGCCAAGAUUAAAAGCUCCAAAGAAAAGAUGAAAAAGUCCCUCACACCAGAUCACACCGUCUACGCUCGCUCCAAGACAACUGUGUAUCGAGUCCCUCCCUUCACCUUCCAUGUUAAGAAGAUCCGUGAAGGAGAAGAGGAGGUGCUGCAGAACACAGAGAUGGUGGAGGUGACGGAGGCAGAGGCGCAGCCUGGGGAAGAGGAUGCUGGGUUGGAUGUGGAGGUCGAGGAAGAUGAGCUGGUGAAUGUGGAUGGCCCAGAGAUGCAGGCACUGUUAGAGGUGACUGAUGACUCUCAGCUGGUCAUGGUGGAAUCAGACCUUCUAAAGAAGGCUCAGCACGAAUAAAGACUCCACGUGACGUGCCAGGAUGAAGAAGGAGACAGUCUUGAUGACUGUGUCUGAUCAGAAGAACACAGUGAUGGUCACAGGGACGUCGUAGAAAUGAUCACUUUCUGACAUCUCAUUUUCUCUCUGUUGUCAUUUUUGGACCCAGCAAGGAGGACUUUUUAUUUUUGCUCUUAAAAAAGAUAAUUAACAAAAAAUAAAUAAAAACACAAUUAAAUAAAACAAAGCUAGCUUUUAAUAUAUUAUACAGGCUGACUUUCUAGAGUUAGAACAUUUGUUUUUGGUUUGAUUUAUUUUCUGUCUAUGAGGAAAAUGCAACAUAAAUAGAUUUAAUAUUUAACACAUUUUAAUUAUUUUUCUCCUGUGUGUCCAGAGCAUUCAUAUAAAGCCAAAGGAAAGUGUAAAGAGGCUGAAAAGAAGGGUUUCAUGUAACAAACAUGUGAAACACAGAGAAAGAGCGGGUUUAUUUGGGUGGAAAGACAAGAAAACAACCAUUCUAAUUAACAGCCAAGGGCGUCAGUUUGUUUUCAGAAUUGCUGGGGACAAUAACCAUACACUUGAGUGGGGUUUAAAAAUUGCUGGGGACAAUAAAGGCAGGCUUUUUUGAAAGUGGGGGGACACAGCUGCCAAUCACAAAUUUUGCCGGGGACAUGUCCCCGGCGUCCCCGGUUAAAAUGACGCCUAUGUUAACAGAGUGUUUACUACUGCUAUUAAAAUGCUGUACCAAGUUUUGAACCACAAUAUUGCACAUUUUUAAAAUUAAAUGUCAAUUUUACAGACAAUGGCAACUAACUAUUUAAAUCUAAUAAGUGAAUUAGACAAUUAACCACAGAUAAAACCACAACAACUAAAAUACCAUGGUGUGUUUUAUUCCACCACUGGAAAUAAGUGUGUUUUAGCUUUUUAAAAACCAGUACUCGUCCAUGUCUUGGGGUUUCCAAUCAGUUACUUACAAUUAAUUUAUCAAGUAAAUGAAUCUGUCUGAGGCUGUAACAGAAUAUGUAAUGUUUUCUGUUGUGUGUCUUAAUGUUAAGUGCUUGAAAAUGUGGAUGUAACCAUAACUGUGUUGUUGUCGUUCACAUUCAAAAAUGGUCUUUUGAUGCAUCUAUAUACAGUAUGAGCUCACCAGCAUGCAUUCAAGUCACUUCUACAGAGAAAAGAAGAACAUCUGUCACCAUGGUCACAGCUCGUCACAGUACAUGUGCACAUCCUUGAUAAAAAUGUUCAAUAUAAUUGCUUACAAAAAGAGAAUGGCCUGAAGAGGAGAAGGCAGUUAAAUGACUGCCAGAGUAAAACAUGUGAAAAUGCAUCUACUAUCUUAAAUCCAGUUUAGUGGACACAGCCAAUCGUUGGGGUUUUAAGAUUAUCAUGGGACUAAUAUCAACAGCAAUGUAACUGUACAGCAACCUGCAGUGAUAAUGAAAAGAAUGUCGCUACUGGUUUAACCAAACGUCUCUGCAUAUAAAUUAUAAAAUCAAACUGUUUUUUCUUGUCAGAUAAAGAGCAAAACAUAAUGGGAGGAUACAUCUCUUACGGUAAUCUAUUCUGAAUGUGAAGUCAACUGCCUGUGGCAGCAUUCAACCUUUGUCACAUUAGAUCAUGAGAGGAAACCGUGCAAGGCUCCAGACAGAAACAAGAGGAGUGCUUCUGUUUCUUCCUCCCUGCAGACUUCUAUGACCUUGAUGUGUUUGCAGGCACCCAGAAGCAUUGUGGCAGAGGAAACACCACCCAAAUAAUCAAUGGAUGGGGAAAUGCAAUUAAGGAAAGUGUUUACUCUCUCUCUCUCUCUCUCUCUCUCUCUCUCUCUCUCUCUCUCUCUCUCUCUCUCUCUCUCUCUCUCUCUCUCUCUCUCUGUGAAAGCUAAGCAGUGAGAAAGACAAAAGAAAGCAUGUGUGUGAUCGUGUUACAAGUCUAUGCAAACUAUUACAACACACCAAGGGGAAUUGUUAUCUUUACAUAAAAAUAAAUUAUAUGCUUGUAAGAUUAUCAUUUUUAUUUUAUAGCUUUAUCUUUGUGUUGAUUUUUGACAGAUAUAUAAACGAUCUCCCAUUACCUAAAUGUGUUUUUGCAGCGGUGUAAUUCAGUUUUCUUUUCUUUUCACUGUUGCAUCUGUAAGUGGCGUAUGGCCUUGAUGUCACUGACUGUACCUGCCAGACUCAAGGUGUUUUGGCCAAACAGGUUCAAUAUUAAUAAACGCUUAUUACAUAAUCCACCA